AAAACGCACUUUUUCCUUUGUAAGUCUCGUUUCUCUUUUUCCUUUCCCCCUUUAAAAACCGCCUUUUAAGCGCUUUGCUUUCUCUCUCUUUUUAUGGAUGGGAUCAUCUCCUUUCCUUCUCCUUCAUGAAGGUUUAGAUUUGAAGACUGUUUUUGAUUUCCAUUAGCAUGCGAAUUAGGCCUUUUCGUUAUAAUCCAUCGCCUGAAAUAUCUGUUAUCGAAUACGCUUCUACUUUGUGUUGUUUCCUGAUUUUGAUUCUAGUGAUAACAACUGGAAAUUUUGAAUGCUUGAGCUGUAAUAUGGGAUAUUUGAAUUCGGUUUUGCAAUCUUCAAGUCAGGUUCAUGCUGAAUAUGGACCGGUCAGCGGCGGAGGCCUUAGCCAGAAUGGAAAGUUUAGCUACGGCUAUGCAAGCUCUCCUGGAAAGAGGUCUUCAAUGGAAGAUUUUUAUGAAACAAGGAUUGACGGUGUUGAUGGAGAGAUAGUUGGUCUUUUUGGAGUUUUUGAUGGUCAUGGAGGUGCACGGGCAGCUGAAUAUGUGAAGCAAAACCUUUUCAGUAAUUUGAUCAGGCAUCCAAAGUUCAUAUCUGAUACCAAAUCUGCUAUAGCCGAUGCAUACAACCAUACAGAUUCUGAAUUUUUAAAAUCAGAAAAUAACCAGAAUAGGGAUGCUGGAUCAACUGCUUCUACUGCUAUACUUGUUGGUGAUCGUUUGCUAGUUGCAAAUGUUGGAGAUUCCCGAGCUGUUAUCUGCAGAGGAGGCAAUGCUUUUGCUGUGUCCCGUGACCACAAGCCAGAUCAAAGUGAUGAGCGACAACGGAUUGAGGAUGCUGGAGGAUUUGUCAUGUGGGCUGGAACUUGGAGAGUGGGAGGUGUCCUUGCUGUUUCUCGUGCAUUUGGUGACAGGCUCUUGAAGCAGUAUGUUGUUGCUGAUCCGGAAAUUCAGGAGGAAAAAAUUGACAGCUCACUUGAGUUCCUUAUUCUUGCAAGUGAUGGACUGUGGGAUGUUGUUUCAAACGAGGAGGCUGUGGCAAUGGUAAAGCCAAUACAGGAUCCUGAGCAGGCAGCCAAGUGGCUUAUGCAGGAGGCAUGCCAGAGAGGCAGUGCAGAUAAUAUCACUUGUGUUGUCGUCCGUUUCUUGGCUAAUCAAGGUGGUUCCUCACAUACUGUUCCUGCAUAAUCCAUCCAUUCUCAGCAUGGUUUUAGGUUUUGGUUCUUCUAGCCAAUGAAACAAAGUAAGUCAAAAUAAACUUCCAUAGUAAUAGCUAAUCAUAGAAAAUGAAACUAUAAACAGCACAUUAUUGUGCGAAACAUAGAAGCAAUGAACAAAUGUGUCAGCCUGCUGAUCUGUAUUUUUACAUCUUUAAGCCUCUAGAAAAGAUAUGCAUCUAAGUUAGCUUCUCCACGAUUCCGGUCAUGCACAUAGAACGGGUAUGCACGUGUGAAUUUGUGUAAAGAAAUGUUGAGACUUAAGUCCUCCUGUAUGUUGUAAAUUGUAGACAUGUCUUCUCUUGUAGUUAGUUCACUUUCAAAUAAUUCGAUGUCUGUGAUGUCCUCUUUCAGAAAAAUAGUAGUUAUGCCCGUUUUAUAGGAUGCAAAUGCAAAGCUUCGCUGUUAACACUUACUUGUUAAUGCAGCUUUGAAGUUUGAAUGCA